AUGUCUAGACCAGUUAAAGUUAAAACAACUGAAUCUUCUAGAAGACAUGCUUUCUCAUCAUUUAGAGAACGAGUAGAUUCAAUUAAAAUUGAACCUUCAAAGAAAUUAACUAAAAGAGCUCAUGAUUAUGUUGAAUCAAGUCAUUUCUUAACUACUUUAGAUCAUUGGAAAGAAAUCAAUUUAAGUGGGAAUUUCACUGAUUUCUUAGAUAAAGUAGAAUUAUAUUCUCAAUCAUUACCACAAAUUAUUCAUCAUCAAAAACUUAUAUAUGAUUCAUUAUAUCUGGCAAUUGAAAUAAAUGAUAUUAAUUCAAUUCAACCAUUAUUAGAAUUAUUAUCUCAAUUCAUUCAUGAUUUAGGUCCUGAUUUCUUACCUUAUUAUCAAUCAAUGUUGAAAUUAUUAACUAAUUUAAUCAUGAAUAUUGAUCCAAAUGAUUAUCAAAAUAAUAGAAAUAGUUCAAAUGCUUUUGAAUGGUCAUUUAAUACUUUAGCAUUUGCAUUUAAAUAUUUAUCAAGAUAUUUAAUUGAAGAUUUAAAACCAACAUUCACUACUUUAUUACCAAUAUUAACCAUAACCAAAAAGUUAUAUAUAUCAAGAUUUUGUUCAGAAGCUUUAUCAUUUUUAAUUAGAAAACUGAAUAACUUGAAAGAUAUUAUUAUAUUUACAUUAUAUGAUCAAAUUGAUCAUAUAAUGACUAUUGAUUCAUAUUGUGAUUCAUUAACCAUUUUAUAUAGUGAAUCAAUGAAAAAUACAAAGGGAACUUUCCAUUCAAAAUCAAAUCAAAUUUUUGCAACCUUAAUUGAAACAACCCUUUAUCAAUUGGAUAGCAGCAACCAUGAAAAGGCACAACCAAAGUUAAUUAGUAUCAUUUCUGAUAUCUUAUUGGAUAUCUUACAUCAUGGUACUCCAGAAUCAUGUGAUAAGUUUUAUAUAUUGGUUACCAAUUAUUUAAAUACUUUAUUGGAUAAAGAUUCUUCCAAAAUUGCUUUAUUAACAUCAUGUCAAAUCUUAUCAACCCUUGUAUUUGCUGAUUCAGGUAAAAAGAUAACCACUUGGCAACCAUUAUUAGAAACAACCGAUAAAUUAUCCAUUUUAUUACUUAAACAAACCAACAACGAUGCCGAAUUAUGUGAAUCAUAUGUUUAUUUAUUAACAAUCUUAUUCAGAAAUGCUGAUGUCCAGAAUUUAACUAAAUAUCAUAAACGAUUCUUUGAUUCAAUAAUCAAUUUAAACAAUGGUAAUUACUUUUUAACAUUUGCUCAAUCAAGUUUAAACAUAUGUAAACCGAAAGUAACAAAUUUUGGAUUAAAUAAAUAUAUUCAAGAAUUUAUUGAUAAAUUACAACCAACAGAUGAAUCUAAAUUGAUUAAAUUGACUUACUUUUUGCAGAAGAUUAAAGUAUCAAUUCCUGAUUUCCCUACUUCAUUCAAAUUCCCUUUACAAGUAGUUGAUGAGAUUAAUAAUCAAUUAUCAAGAGAUGUUUUAUCAAUUGAAGAAUCAGUUGAGAAAUUACAAGAUAUUUAUUGGAAAUUAUUAAUGUUAAAUCAAGCCCAUUCAUCUGUUAAUAUUACUGAAUCUGAAUUACUCGAUUUAUUAACUAAACUUGGUGAACCGUCAUAUACUUUCAAAUCGCACUUUUCUAAAGAAUUAGCUGCAGCAGUAUUGGCAAUCACAACCCAAAAGCUUGUGAAUAAUAAGAAUGAACAAUCAUGUUUACAAGUUUAUGAAUUUUUACAACAGCUGUUUGAAAGAUUUGCUACAUCAUCUACAUUUUUACAAGCCAUGAAUGAAUUCAUCAAAUCAACAUCUACUACUAUUCCAUCUCCUGAAAUCAUUGAAAGUUUAUUAAACCAAGCUGUUACCUGUUUACAUCUCCCUAGUCAUACAUCCAGAUCUAAUGCUAUACAAGUUAUAAUCUCAUUAUUAUCCAUCUCAAACACAAACUCAACUUGUAUAGACACAAUCGGCACAAUCGAAUCAGUCCCAUUAACUAUCCCAAACGCAAGAGAUAUCACAUUACGUAUCCGAACCCUCUGUCAAGAAUUUCUGAAACAAAUCAACAACCCUCUGGAAUUAGAUAAAACAAUAAUCAUCAAUUAUUUAUUCGGAUUAUUAUCCAAUAGAUUCAUGCCAUGUUGGGAAGGUGUUUGGGAAGGAUUACCCUUGCUUGUUCAACUGUGUCGUUUAGAGAUUUGGGAAAUUGGAUCCAGGUUAUUAUCUAUGGAUUAUACCAAUCAAGACCAUGACUUUAUGGGAGGAGAUAGUGAUGCUUUUGAAGAUGAAGCUAAUGGAUUGAAUGAAUGGCAACCGAGAAAUCCUAGGGCUUUGGGGAAUUUUAUUGGGUUUGAAAAAGAACAUCUUGGGAUAUAUAGAAAUAUUCAAGUCUCGUUGAUUGAAUUGGUGAGAUCACAAUGUGGGAAUAAUAUUUAUGAAGAUUUAUUAAGAAGUAAUAUCUUGACUGGAUUUGGAAAAGUUAUUAAUGUGGUUGAAAAACAUGCCGAUGAUUUAAUUCCAUUACUUAUUCAUAAUAAUAAUGAUGAAUCAUCAUCUCAAACUUGGUCAUUAAAACAUAGAAAUGAAUUAUUGGCCCUUUUUGUCAAAUUCAAGAAAUUAAACAAAGCAAAACUCGCUACUGAAUUAUAUGACUACUUGUUCAAUCAUCUUUUAUCCAGUCAACAUACAAAAAUCCAACAACUUGCACUUGACGUCUUAUUCAACUAUAACAAACCCGAAAUUGUGAAAUAUAGAGACAAUCUCAAAAACCUCCUCGAUGAAACCAUUUUCCGUGACGAAUUGUCCAAAUUCCUUUCUCAAGAAUCUUCGAUCAUCGAAGCCAAUGAUAAAAGAGCAGUCAUGUCAUAUGUUGUAAGAAUCUUAUUUGGAAGAGUUCAAGGAUCAACCAAGAGUAAUUCCAAAUCGGGAAGAAAAUUCGCCGUGAUUUCAGUCUUACCGAAUUUUAAUGAUGAAGAUAUUGUUGAAUUUAUAAGUUUAGGUUCUACCAAGAUUGGAUAUUUAGAUUUCUUUGCCGGAAAAACCCCAAAAGCAAGUUUGGGUUUAGAAAAGGGGUCAUUAAAGAAGAUGAGUGGGUUUAUUAAUUUAUUGACUGAGGUUUAUGAUACUCUUGGAGCUAAUUAUAGUGAAGUUUUGAAGACAACUAUUGAACCAUUGGUAUUUUGUUUAAUUUCGGCUCAGAAUAGAAUUGAAAGUAAUAUCCAAGAAGAUAAUGAUGCUGAACAAGAUGAUGAAGUGAGUGGAAAAGUGGCUAGAAAUGUUAGGAGUGGAGGUAUGAAAUGCUUAGGUGAAUUAUUCAAGAUUAUUGGUCCUAGUUUUGAUUGGAAUCCAUAUGUGAAUAUAAUCUAUGAACAUUUAAUCAUGCCAAGAUUGACUAAUUUCGCCGUUGAGAAUUUACAAUCUCCAAGUGCAUUAUUGGGAGUUAUGACUAAUUGGAUAAAUACUCCUAAUAGUUUAUGUUUCUUAUAUGUGGAUGAUUAUGCUCCUGUGAAGGCACUUUUGUCAAUACUUGCCAAAACUGAACUUGCGAAAGAAACUGUUGUUUCCAAAGUAUUAGAUUUCGUGAUUGCUGCCUUAAAAAGAAGUGAUGCAAUGGAUGAAGAUUAUUUUACAUUAUUGGCAAUUGUGGUGGAUUGUUUGCUUGGCAAUUUAUCAAAUAUAAUUGUGAAUAUCACUCAUAAGGAAGUUGGAUCCAAGGCUAUUCAAGCUUUGUUAUUAUUGAUUUCGGGGAAAUAUAUUGAUGAUCAAGAGACAAAAGCAAGUUUGAUCAAGAGUUUAACGUUAGCUUUAGAUAAGAAUAAUAAUCAAAUUGAUAUGGCAGAUAAAGCCAAUAUCUUAAUUUCUUUAUCCAGUUUAAUUGAGAAUUAUGAUUGUGAAUUCAAGGAUAUGGUGGGAUUAUAUCAAACUUGUUCUAAAUUAUUUAGAAUCUUCCUGGAUAGAAAGAUUAGAGAAACUUUAGUAGGUGUUCUUGUGGCCAUGGGAGCAAAAUUCGAUUAUAUCAAGGAGAUUUCUGUGAUUAUCCAUGAUUUGAAUGCUUAUUCUACUUCAAGAAUGCAAGAAUUGGAUUAUGAAACGAGAUUGGAUGCAUUCAAAUUAAUUAAUGAAGAGAAAUAUUCUACCUUUGAUGCAAUUCAAUGGACUCCGAUUGUUUACUGUGCUUUAUAUUUCAUAAAUGAUCCUGAAGAGUUGGCUAUUCGUGUGAAUGCAGGAUAUACAUUACGUAGAUUUAUUGAUUGUUAUUCCGGUAAAGAAACUGGAGAAUUAGCUCAACCAUAUAUCACCAUAUUGAAGAAUGUCAUAUUACCAAAUUUAAGAGUGGGGAUCAGAAAGGAUAAUGAAGAUAUUCAGAAUGAAUAUAUUGGAGUAUUAGAGCAUUUAGUUUCGAAAUCAAAUUGGUUUGUAGAUUUGAAAGAUAUGCAAGUUUUAACUUAUAAUGAUCAUGACGAGACUAAUUUCUUUAAGAAUGUGAAUCAUAUUCAAUUACAUCGUCGACAAAGAGCAAUUAAAAGAUUGGCUGAGCAUGGUAAGGAUUUAUCUGAUUCAAGUAUUGCUCAUUAUAUCUUACCCAUAAUUGAAAGAUAUGUCGUGUCAACUGACGAAAAGUUUACGAAUAUUGGAAUGGAAGCAUUGGACACUAUUGGAGUAUUGUUGAAAUAUAUCAAUUGGAAUCAAUAUCGUGCUAUAUUGAAAAGAUAUGUUGCUACUUUGAAAUCAAAUGAUCAAGAUGUAUUGAAAUAUAGAGUGAAUUUAGUAGUUGCCGUUUCGGAUGCAUUAGCAACUUCGAUUGAAAGUAAGAACAACGGUGAACCAAAUUAUAUCAAAUCCUUACCUUCAGCUCAAGAAGAUAUCGAUGAUUUUAUCCUUAAUGAAGCAUGUCCUUCCUUAUUAAAAAUCUUAAAUGUUCGUGAUGAUGAAACUAUUGUCAGUCGUGCUCCACUUGCAGAAGCAUUAACUAAUUUCAUAUUAUGUAUUACCAAGGAGAAGAUUGAUUCUGAAUUACCCAAGAUCUUAACCAGUACUUCACAAGUCAUGCGUUCUAGAUCGGAAGAAUUGAGAGAUGCAGUAAGAAAAACAUUAGGUAAGAUUGCUACUAGAUUAGGUUCACAUUAUUUACCAUUUAUCGUUCAGGAAUUAAAGGGUGCACUUUCUCGUGGAUCUCAAAUUCAUGUUUUGAGUUAUACUUUACAUUAUUUGUUAACUUGUUUGGCAAGUCGUAGUGGUGGGUUACAACAUGGUGAUUUAGAUUUAUCUAUUGAAUUAAUUAUUGAGAUUGUGAUGGAAGAUAUUUUUGGUGCUGCUGGUCAAGAAAAGGAUGCUGAAGGGUAUACUAGUAAAAUGAAAGAAGUUAAAUUUAAAAAGAGUUUUGAUACUACUGAAAUUUUAUCGGGAAAUAUUACAUUAAGUAAAUUUGGUGAUUUGAUUAAUCCAAUUAAAUUGAUCUUACUGGAGAAUAUCACUUAUAAAACCCAAACCAAAUUAGAUGAAUUACUUAGGAGAUUAUCAUUGGGGUUGAAUCAUAAUUCAGAAGCUUCAAAAGUAGAAAUCUUACAUCUUUGUUAUGAAAUCUACAUGUCUUCAACCGAGAAAGAACUACAACAGCAACAACCAAGAAAUGGACCAACUGCUAAAGAACAACAUUUCUUAACUACCCUUAAAAGAAUUACCAAGACUCAUGUUGAUAAUUCGAUCUUCAAACAUACAAUGCAAAGACUUUCAUUAGAAUUAUUACGUACUGCCAUCUCACGUCAUGAUAAUUUAUUAACCGUGGCUAAUCUUGAAGGAUUUGUUCCAUUAUUAGAUGAAUCAAUCCGUUCAGAAAAUGAUGCUGUUAUUGCCAGUGGACUCAAAAUCUUGAAUUCAAUUGUUAGAUUACCAUUUGGUGAAGAAUCCCAAAACGUAUUCAAGGCAUGUGCUCGUCGUUCAUUGGUGAUUAUCAAAGAUUCUCCUUCGACCAAUUCCGAUGUUUGUCAAGCGGCUUUGAAAUUCUUAGCUACAAUCAUUAGACAUAAUCCUGAUGUGAAUUUGAAAGAAACGGCAAUUAGUUAUGUCCUAACUAGAAUCCAACCGGAUUUGGAAGAACCUAAUAGACAAGGGCUUGCAUUCAAUUUCUUAAAAGCGGUAGUCAGUCAACAUAUUUUAAUCCCUGAAAUCUAUGAUUUAAUGAAUAAUGUUGCAAAAUUGAUGAUUGUGAAUCAUGCUAAAGAAAUCAGAGAUAUGUCACGUAGUGUCUAUUUCCAAUUCUUAAUGGAAUAUGAUCAAGGUCGUGGAAGAUUAGAGAAACAAUUUAAGUAUUUGGUUAAUAAUUUGACUUAUCCAACUGAAGAAGGAAGACAAUCAGUUAUGGAAUUGAUUCAUUUAAUUGUAAUGAAAGCAGGUGGGGAUUUAUUGGAGAAAUUAUCAAGUUCAUUCUUUGUCGCUUUGGCAAGUGUGUUGGUUUCUGACCUGGCUCACAAAUGUAGAGAAAUGGCUAGUGCUUUAAUUGGAUCUAUGUUCAAGAAACUUGAAGGUAAGACAACUAGUUUACAAAAUGUUGAGAAAUAUUGUAUGGCAUGGUUGAAACAAAAUUCAAAUCCAUUAUUGAAGAGAUGUGGAUUCAGUGUAUAUAAGAUCAUUGUGAAUGUUUUUGGAUUAGGUAAAUUUGAAGAAUUGGAUAAGAUUGCUCAUGAAAAUAUCUUGUUUGUGAUUAAUUCAGCUAAGAAUACUGAAGAUAAUGGUGGUGGUGAUGUUGAAUGGGAAUUAUUAUAUUCUGCACUUUCAACAUUUAGUGCAAUUGCGUCAUCGACAAAGGAAAAGAUCUUGGGUGAACAAUAUGGUAGUAUUUGGCAUUCAUUGGUUGAAAUUAUGUUAUUUCCUCACUCUUGGGUUAGAUUAUUGUCUUCUAGAUUAGUAGCUAUUUUGUUGACCAAUUUAGAUGAUUUGGGAUUUGAAGUUUCUGGAUUUGAAGUACAAACUAUUGCGUUUAGAUUGAUUCAUCAAUUAAGGGCUCCUGGAAUAACUGAAGAUUUGGGAUUACAAGUCACAAAGAAUUUGGUUAUGAUUGCUAUGAGAUGGGAAACUAAUGGAACCAAAUUGGAAAUCAAUGAUGAAGAGGAAGAAGAAGAAGGUGACAGUAAGAGGGAUACCUAUGCUAAUGAUUACUUACUUAGAAGAAUUUGUGGUAUUAUUAAACAAGAAAGUCUUCAAUCAAUUACUUCCAAAAAGGCAUGUAUCAAAUUAGCAGCCAUGUUCAUUCAAUUUACUACUGAAGAAAGAUUACAUCAAGUUUCAGAAAUGAUUAUUGGGGCAUUAUAUAAUUUCACUGAUGCAGAAUAUUCUAAAUCACUUACUGAUGAAGAAUUGACUAGUUUGAGUUUGGAAAGUCUUGAAUUAAUUCAACAAAAGAUUGGUACUACUGAAUAUACUAAGAUUUAUGCACAAGUUCAAAGAAGUGUUAGUUUAAGAAGACAAGAGAGAAGAGCCAAACGUGCACAAUUGGCAGUUUCACUUCCUGAUGCAGCAGCAAAGAGGAAAUUAAGGAAACAUGAAAGAUUUAGAGAGAAACGUAAGCAUGAAAAGGAUAUUAAUGGAUUUUAUAAGAGUAAGAAGAAGAGAGUUUAA